AUGGAUACAGUGCGCGAGUCACCUCUGGGACAGCUUUUACGAGAAAUCACCGGUAAUAGGAUUCUACUUUAUCCGGAAGAAAAGCCGGGAUUUGUUCCAUCGAAGUCGGCAGAGACAAAAUACCAGAUUGAGUCCAAACAAAGUCUCGACGGCAACUCUAUUAUAACCCCAGCACUGACUUCAGACUUCCCCCCGGAUGUAAAUUCGGAUGGAGCACACACGCGAGAUGAGACAAAGAAUAUAGUCGAUUGGUACGGACCAGACGAUCCAGCAAACCCGAGAAAUUGGUCGUUAUGGAAGAAGAGAUUUGUUACCUUUCAGAUAUGUUUGUACACGUUCGCCAUCUAUUCUGGCUCCUCAAUCUACGUUCCAGCUGAACCCCAGAUAAUGGAACACUUCCAAGUCAGUCAAACGAAGGCUUCAUUGGGUUUGGCAUUAUAUGUAUUAGGCUAUGGCCUUGGUCCGUUGCUCUUCUCGCCCUUAAGUGAGGUUCCAUUGUAUGGUCGCAAUAUCCCAUAUAUUACCUCCUUAAUCAUCUUUGUCAUGCUGUGUGUUCCUACCGCUUUGGUGGACAACUACACCGGACUUAUGGUUCUUCGACUUCUCCAGGGCUUUUUCGGAAGCCCUUGUCUGGCAAGUGGUGGUGCCUCGAUGACAGAUAUGUAUUCGGAUAUCUACCUACCGCUAGGAUUGACCAGCUGGGUUGCUGCUGCGUACGGUGGACCAGCUCUUGGUCCGGUUUUGUCGGUCUUUUCAAUCGCUAAAAAAGGUUGGCGGUGGGCGAUGUGGGAAAUUCUUUGGCUGAGUGCACCCAUCCUUGUUCUUAUGACCGUCUGUCUUCCAGAGACAUCGACCGAUAAUAUCCUCCUCCGUCGCGCACGGCGACUACGCAAAGUUACUGGGAACUCGAACCUUUUCUCGCGGUCUGAGAUUGUGCAGAACAGCCAAUCAUUUUGCGACAUGCUCCUUGAUUGCCUGAUAAAACCCGUCGAGAUAAUGGUCAAAGACCCAGCCGUGCUAUUCGCCAAUUUCUAUACAUCCCUCAUUUAUGGAAUCUAUUACUCCUUCUUUGAAGCGUUUCCGUUGGUUUAUCCGGCCAAAUAUGGGUUUGAUGCUACGGAUGUUGCGCUAAUCUUUAUCUCGAUUAUUAUCGGCUGUGGGCUUGCAAUUGUUGUCUAUAUUGUUUAUCUUCAUACCCGUCUCAUGCCAGAUCUAAAAGCCAACGGCCAACGUGCACACGAGCAUCGCCUGGCCCCUGCUCUAUUCGCUUCUUUCGGGCCACCGGCCGGACUUUUUAUUUUCGCCUGGACUACCAACGGAACUAUCCAUUGGGCUGUGAGCGCCUUCGGUAUUGUCCUAUAUGCAGGAUCUAUCUUCAUUAUAUUGCAAUGUGUAUCUGUAUACCUGCCGCUUGCGUACCCGAAGUAUGCAGCUUCUCUGUUUGCCGGAAAUGAUAUCUCACGAUCUGGUGUUGCGUUUGCGUUCAUCCUCUUCUCUCGAUUCAUGUUCAUUGACCUUGGAAUUGAGAAGGGGGUGACUCUGUUAGCUGGAUUGAGUAUCUUAGGGAUUAUUGGCAUGUUUAUUCUCUACUUUUCCGGUGCAAAUCUCCGUGCUAGAUCUAGCUUUGCAGAGCAUAGCUGA